CCGUCGCACGGCUGGCAGAAGGGCGUUAGCUCGAAUUUCGGGUCAAAAAUCGAUUUUUGAUAUUUCAUGUCAUUUAAUAGAGUUUUCAAAGCUCUUUCAAAUGAUGUGAUCGAGACAGCAUAAAACGAAGUAAAUGAUUACGUAAUCGACAAUAGUAAAAGGGCGUUAGCACAAACUGGCAGAUAUCGCGCUAAGCAGAAGGGCGUAAGCCCUCUACGCCCUUUGCAAAUUGGGCGCGAGCGUAAAUUUUGAUCAAAGCAGAAGGGCGUUAAUCGCCGGUUAUCGCGAAGCUGACGUCUGCUAGGCCUGUGGAUUUGCACAGCUAGGCUACAGCAUGGAGCAAACAACAGAAUUGCUGGUUCAGUGGAAAAAAGAUGGCUCCAAAAACGUGGUAGUGUAUGGAGAUAUUCAAUGUCCCUGUAUUCCAAUAAAAGGGACAAAAGUCUUCAUGCCUUGGAAAGGCAGGAGAUGGGAGGGAGUUGUCCUGGCAGUGGAUGAUGAGUCUGAGGAAAGUGAUGAUGACAGCAUACCACUUGCUCAACUAAUAAUUAAAGACCGUGUACCUCUACCAGAUCAACCAAGGCUUGACGUUGGAGAUGUCGGUGUCACAAUGACAGUCAUGCCUUGGAAAGGCAAUAGAUGGGAGGGAGUUGUCCUGGCAGUGGAUGAUGAGUCUGAGGAAAGUGAUGAUGACAGCACACCACUUGCUCAACUAAUAAUUAAAGACCAUGUACCUCUACCAGAUCAACCAAGGCUAGACGUUGGAGAUGUCGGUGUCACAAUGACAGACCGUGUACCUCUACCAGAUCAACCAAGGCUUGACGUUGGAGAUGUCGGUGUCACAAUGACAGACCGUGUACCUCUACCAGAUCAACCAAGGCUUGACGUUGGAGAUGUCGGUGUCACAAUGACAGACCGUGUACCUCUACCAGAUCAACCAAGGCUUGACGUUGGAGAUGUCGGUGUCACAAUGACAGACCGUGUACCUCUACCAGAUCAACCAAGGCUUGACGUUGGAGAUGUUGGUGUCACAAUGACAGACCGUGUACCUCUACCAGAUCAACCAAGGCUUGACGUUGGAGAUGUUGGUGUCACAAUGACAGACGUGCCUCAUGAAGUUCAGAUGUGUGAACAUUUCACAUGUUUACAUGAAGUGUUUAGUACAUGCUCCCAGUGUCUUGUUUUCCUGUGUGAACACCACUUUAAAGAGGACGACCCAUGUGCAAACCACAAUAACUAUGCUCAUCUACUUCAAAUUCCGGAGAGGCUUUCAGAAGAUCAUCCAGUGAUCGACACAGUUCUGGAAUUGAUGAUGGACGUUCCCUUAGCAAUCGAAGUGCAGGAGACAGUUGACAUAGUUCCAGAGAGAGUGGCUUCUGCCUAUCACACCAUCAAUGCUGAAGUGGAACCCGAUCUACACAGAGAUAUUGGAGAACGUCCUGAACAAUGUGAGAAUAAGAAAGCCAGGAAACGUUUUGCAGAUCCAAACAGCUGGCAACAAAACGUCCAGAGGAAGAAUCGCAACCUGGGCCAGGCAUAUACCUCAAGAGAUGGGAAGCAGAGGGAGGUGAGAGAGAUGGGUCCAUGCUGUCCCAAUUCAUGUAGGUUCAAAUGUUCAGAGAGUAUUACUGCAGAUGCGAGGGAAAAAAUCUUCAAAGAUUACUGGGCAACAGGAUCUUAUGAACAACAAAGAGAUUUCAUUCGACAGUGUGGGUCAGAAAAGAAAAAGGGGAAAAAACAUGGUUCAAAGGAGAAGGCAUCACGCAUCACCAGAAUAUAUUCUCUCCCUAUAGACGGUCAGAGAAUUGAAGUGUGCCAGUUCUAUUUCAUUAACACUUUGGCUAUCUCCCAGAAGACAGUGCGAUACACCCUUGCCCAAAAGGCUAAUUUUGCGCAAGAUAAGAGAGGGCAUCAUCAGCCACAUAAUAAAACCAAUGAGGCUGAACUCGAUUGUAUCAGGGCCCACAUCCAGAAGUUCAAAGUUGUCCCCUCUCAUUACUGCAGGAGUACGACAUCGCGUCAGUACCUCCCUGGCAAUCUUAGUGUUAAUAAAAUGUAUGACAUGUAUGUAAAGGAAACUGUAAAUCCUAAAUCCCUGACCACAUAUAGAUAUGUGUUCAAUAGUGAGUUCAAUUUAGGCUUCCAUGCGCCUAAGAAAGAUGAAUGCAAGAAAUGCACAGCCUUUGAUAAUGCCUCACCAAAUGAAAAAGAAGGCUUGAAAAAAGACCAGGAUGAUCAUGUUCACAAUAAAAUCAAAGCCAGAGAGGAGAAAGAGAAGGACAAGCAGCGUGCAAGCAAGGACGACAGUUUUCAAUCAUUUACUUUCGACUUACAGCAGGUUUUGUCAACCCCUUCCUGUAAUGCUUCCCUUCUUUUUUACAAGAGGAAGCUGUCAACAUAUAACCUCACGUUAUACAAUCAAGGAAAUGGCGAUGGCCAUUGUUUCUUGUGGAGCGAGAUUGAUGGAGGGAGAGGUUCUUGUGAGAUAGGCUCAUGCCUUGUCAAUCAUCUUGAAGGGCUGCCUGAUUGUGUUGACCAUGUCACUCUUUUCAGUGAUUGCUGUUCUGGGCAGAACAGAAACAAGUAUGUUGCUGCAGCAUUACUCUAUGUUGUACGUACUUCUUCUCUUUCUGUUAUUGAGCAGAAGUUUCUCGAAUCUGGUCAUACGCAGAUGGAGGUUGACAGUAUGCAUAGCGCCAUAGAGACGGUCAAGAAGAAAGUCCCUGUGUACCACCCUGACCAGUGGGCAACUAUUGCUAGUCUGGCUAGAAGGAACAAGCCCUAUCAUGUCACACAACUUCACCAUCAUGAGUUUGUGGAUCUCAAAAGGCUCGCUUCAGAGCUUCUCCAAAAUACUGUAAAGGACAUUUCAGGUGAUCGUGUCUACUGGACCAGAAUCAAGCACCUGAAAUUUGAGAAGCAGAACCCCCAUGUGAUGCAGUUUAGGUACUCAUUUGAGGAAGAGAUGCGAGAGAUUAGGGUGUCUUCCUCCCGCAAGAUGAGUAACUUGAGACUUGAAGUUCUUCAUCAUGAUCUGCUCAAGAUCAGUGCAGUCAAGAAGGCUGACCUUGUUUCCUUGUGUGACCAGAAUGUCAUACCUCUUGCAUACCAGGCAUUCUACAGAGCUUUGCCAGCCUCUGAUGAUGAAGACUUGGAGACAUUCCCAGAAGAAUGAUCUGUUAUUUCGUUGUUAUGAGGAACUCAUGAAAAGUAUAGUUUCUUGAGGUGCAUCACAUGUUGUUUCCUUGUUGCGAAGAAUAAUAUUUUAAUAAGUUUUCAAGUAGUCUGAAAUACCAAUUGCAUUAUUCACUUUGUCAGUUUAUUGUGGAAGAUUUAGUAGUUGGAGGUAUUGUAAUGAAUUCACCAAUUAUUAUUGUUAAGUUUGUCUGCUGUGUCUGUUAUAUUGAUCAUUGCAUAAAAGCAACAUAAAAAAAAACAUUAUUGAAGUAAUGACAAAUCACCAUACACUAAGACACUGACACAGUGCUCUGUUACAAGAUGUGUAAAUGGGUUAUGUUAUAACUUUAAUCUGAUCGAAGUACAA